AUGGGAUCUUGCCAGGUUAAUUGUUGUGCCAUUAAAAACGGAGAAUUAGUAUCAAAAGAUUGUAGAAAGAAUGAAAUAGAUUUAGAUAAUAUUGAUGAACUUGAUUAUGACUAUGAAAAUAAAGCAAAUAGCAUAGUAUCAGUAUCCAAACAUGAAUAAGUAAAUGAAUCUCCAAAAUCAAAUAAUAAAGAAAGAGAAAAAUUUGAAGUUGAUAAUGAUAGUUAAUCCUUAAAAAAGAAUUUAGAGCCAUAAUCACUUAAAGAAGUGACGAUAACAUAUUUAAAUUGUGUGGAAAGAUAAAAAUUUGGACCAAUUUAAUUAGAUAAAGGUGCAAUAUAUGAAGGGGAAUGGUUGUUAGGUAAAAGAGAUGGAAUGGGGAAAUAACAAUGGCCUGAUGGUUCAAGUUAUGAAGGCUAUUGGAAAGAUGAUAAAAGCUGUGGUUGGGGGAAAUUAUUACAUGCUGAUGGUGAUAUUUAUGAAGGACAAUGGUAAAAUGAUAAAGCAAAUGGGAAAGGCGACUAUGUUCAUAUAAAUGGAGCAAAAUAUUAAGGAAAUGUAAUCAUUUAAAUAAUUUACUUUAGUGGGUAGAAGAUAAAUAAGAAGGUUUUGGAGUUGAAAUUUGGCCAGAUGGUGCUAAAUAUGAAGGGGAAUAUAGAUCAGGUAAGAAGAAUGGUAAAGGAAUACUAAUGUUUGUAGAUGAUUCAAAAUAUGAAGGGAUGUUUGUUGAUAAUUAAAUAAAUGGAUAUGGAACAUAUUAAUGGCCAGAUAGUAGAAUAUAUUCUGGAUAAUGGAAGAAAAAUAAAAUGCAUGGUCAUGGAUAAGUGAAUUGGCCAGAUGGUAGAAAAUAUACAGGAGUAAAAUAAUUUUAAUUUUAGGAAUAUGUAGAUGAUAGAAAACAUGGUAGAGGAUUAUUUGAAUGGGGUGAUGGAAGGAAAUAUGAAGGUAUUUGGAUUAACGGUAAAUUCUUGUAUAUUUUUUAGGGAAGUAAUAAGGAAUUGGGAUAUAUUAUUUACCAAAUGGAGAAAAAAAAUAUGGUGAAUGGAAGGAUGGAAUAAAAAAAAGAUGGUUAGAAGUAGAAGAGAUUGAAAAAUAUCUUUAAGAAACUAAAUUUAAUUAAAAACUAGAUUGA